AUGGACCAGGCGAACUCUACGCCUUUCACCCCCGAAAACGAGCAGGUUGCUCGCCCGAAGCGAUUCUCAACGCCUUCGUUUACAUACUUCAAAGGGGAUUCCGAUCCCGAGAGCCACCUAAAACACUUCAAAAGUGUCAUGAUCCUCCACAAGGCUGACGACGCGCUGAUGUGCAAGGAGUUUGCAAUGACCUUGCGAGGAGCAGCCCAAGAUUGGUUCCACACUCUACCAUCCGAGUCGAUCAGCAGCUUCAAAGAGCUGGCUUACGUCUUCACCAAAGAGUACACCUCUUACCGGAUGAUCAAGAAGAACCCCGAUCACUUGUACAACCUACGCAAGAAGUCCGAUGAAUCCCUUCGAGACUACAUCAAGAGAUUCAAAGCAGAAAAGAAAGGCCUUCUAGCUGAACACGACUUAUACCGCGAGCUAACUAUCGCUCCCAGCCAGACUCUGGUAGAGGUCUUCGUGACCGCGGAACGCUAUGCGCUCUGGGACGAUGAUCGAAUCGCUGGGAAGAAGUCUACUAAGCAGGAAGAUCAGCUGACUAAGCGGGCAGGCCAAAGAAGCGACGGGUUUAGCAACAGGAACAAGGACAAGCGCAUGUCACACCCACAAGGGGACGCUACGGCAGGAGAGAACUGCACCAAGUUCUCCAUCCCCAUACAUCGUGGUUACAGGCAAGGUUCUCUGGUAAACUUGGGGACUUAUGAGCGUGGUGGGAUUGAAGGAUUGAGAGAGGUUUUUGGCAAAGUUUGGGAGUCUGAGAAUUCUGAAAGCGUAAAGAAGAGACGAAGAAGUCUGGGUUUUUAUAUUGGCGCUAGAAUUCGAAAACGAAAGGGCGUGGCUCUCUGA